AUGAACCAGAAGACUGUCGUCGACAAGUAUCUCCGGGGACUCAAGCUCCUUGACAUCGACAACUUCGUCAUUGUCUUCCUUCUCAACUCGGUCUCCAAACCUGCAACUGAUCCUUCGGUCACCUUUGUUUACACAACCAUCUUCCUCACAGCAUCAGACUCGCCAGACUCGACGAUCAUUGCUUCAUUUGGUCCAAGCGGUACUCAAGCUGGUACAAUUGUCAUCGGAAGGCGGGCACAGUUUGUGACUGUCACCCGCCCGUACAGCGGAACAAAUAUUUUGAACGGCGGAGCGACCACGAUUAGCAUUGUUCAGCCACAAGAUGAACAGCCAGGCACGUGCAUCGUCCAGCUCAGAAAGCUUGUCAUCAACUUCCACAUCAGAAUCUCUAUCGACAGUGCUCAACACUUCCAGCCAGUCUUCCAGUGCCAGCUCAAGCAGUCUUUCAAGCGAGUCCUCCAGCAGCUCUUCCAGCACUUCUUUGAGCACUUCUUCUUCAAGCAGCUCUUCUUCAUUGAGCCCGACUAUCAAUCCCACAACUUUGCUGUCAACACCAUUGACUACUUCCAUAACCUCAAGUUCCUCACCGAGCAGCUCUCCCGCAUCAUCAAGUACCAUGAUCUACCAGGCCACAUUGCUGCCAACUAUCACUCCUUCUUCUUCUCUGUCGACUUCGGGCCCAAGUACCAGCUUGAGCGCGCUCUCUUCCUCGAGUCUUUUCAGCCCAAUUCAGAGUUCAAGCUCAUCGACGACUACAAAUGCCUCGCCUACGCCGACAUCAUCAAGCCUUACGAUCGACCAGGCCAGCUUGCUACCAACUACCUCUAG